UGCCAUCUGGUAACACUGCAACUGGGCAAUUGUUUAUAUCUGAAACGUAAUAGCACACAGUUAAUUGAGCAAUACACGAAACAGGAAAGGCUCAUCCCCGGCAGCUAUGAACGAAUCGGUGCGCUACGACCGCUGCCACCAGGUGCAGCUAGGCGUCCUCAGCGAGUCGCAGGCGUUUUCCGCCGACGAGGAUGUCCCGAGUCUGCCGCCGCAGGGAACGGGCAAUAUACUGUUCACCCACGACGGCGUGCUGCUGAAGAAGGCAAGCGCAGAGCACAUCUCAGACCUGAACACCAGUGGCUCCCUGUCUCUGGUGGAGUACUCGUGCUCCUCCGCGGAACUGCCUCGCACUCGCAGGCGCCUCUUGCUGGAAUGGCAGCCGAACGACAGCAUCAUGAUCGCGGACGACAGCCAGGACCAGGGUGACUGGGCGCUGGUCGACAGGAUUUCUGGGCGAACGCGGACCACCUCCGAGUGCCGGGCCUUCAACACGAAGCCCAGCGAACCAAGUGGCGGGGCGGGAGCCACUCGCUCCCGGGUCAUGCGCGCCCAGCUGGAGGAUCUGGCCUCCGUGGAGGUGCGCCAUCGUGGCCAGACUAUACGGUUUGUGCGCAAAGGAGCCGGAGGCCUUCACAGCGAGUUCUUCUUCCAGCACGGCAACGCAGACCUCUUUGUGCGCUCCAUGCGCGAUUUGCACUUCAUCGAAAGCGCCGAGAGCAGUCGCAGUGGCGGCGCCGGCGAGGAGUACACCAUUUUGACCAACGAGAACCAAAAGCUGAGAAAAACUUUUGCCGAGCUCGACAUUGGCCAAAUAAAGUCCAGCCACCUGCCGCGUGAGAGCUGGCUGCCCAACAAGCUGGCCGGCUUCCUGGGCAACAUUCCCGACUACGUGCAGCCGCCGUUCCAGCGCUCGCCCAAAUCCCGUCCAGGCGCCCUGAUCGCCGGCGACCGCCAGACCUCGCCGGACAACUACCAGAUCAUAGGGCUGAGUGGCAGCACCAAUAGUGCCUGCUCCUCCAACGGACAGAGUCGCGGCGGCAGUGCGGACAAGUCGCCGGCCGACAGUGAGCUGGAGAACCUUAAUGCCCAGGACGAGAAAAUAGUCAACAACUUGCCGGAUCGCCAACGAGUGGAGCGAGGCCCUCCACUCACCGAGUCGCAGUGGCUAGAGUUCCAGACGCCCGACGGUCGCAUUUCGGACAGCGUCCGCAUCAGGGAGAUCAUCUUCCGUGGCGGUAUUGUGCACAGCCUCCGGGCAGAGGUGUGGAAAUUCCUGCUCAACUACUACCAAUGGUCGGACACCCAGGUGGAGCGAAUCGAGCGCAGGAAGCAAAGGUCCAUGGAGUACUACAACAUGAAGGCCCAGUGGCUGGCCAUGACAACGUCCCAGGAGGCGAACUUCUGCGGCUACCGAGAGCGCAAGUGCCAGAUCGAGAAGGAUGUGAAGCGCACAGACCGCUCGCUGCCCUUUUUCGCCGGCGAGGACAAUCCCAAUCUGGCCCUGCUCCAAGGCAUCCUCAUGACCUACGUGAUGUACAACUUUGAUCUGGGCUACGUCCAGGGCAUGUCUGAUCUCCUCGCUCCCAUUCUGGAGAUCCAGGUGAACGAGGUGGACGCCUUCUGGUGCUUCGUGGGUUUCAUGGAGCUGGUCUUCACAAACUUUGACAUGGACCAGGCCGGCAUGAAGGCGCAGUUCGCCCAGGUCCGUCGCUUGAUUGAGUUUGCCAAUGCUCCGCUGUUCAACUACAUGCGAUCGCACGACUCGGACAACAUGUACUUCUGCUUCAGAUGGUUGUUGGUCUGGUACAAGCGGGAGUUGAGCAACGAGCACGUUCUCAAACUGUGGGAGUGCCUGUGGACUCGGCUGCCCUGCCCCAACUUCCACCUGCUGUUCUCGGUGGCCAUUCUGGACCAGGAGACCAGCGUGAUUAUUGAGAGCCAGUACGAGUUCACCGAAAUCCUGAAGCACGUCAACGAACUGUCUGGAAAUAUAGAUGUCGAAAAGACUCUGCAAAUCGCUGAGGCCAUCUACCUUCAGCUCAAGGCCUCGGAAACGCUGCCGAACGACAUCCGCUGCAUUAUAGGGGAGCCAUUGCUAUCAUCGGCCGCCAGCGAGGAGACUGACGGAGGCAUGGCAGACGAGGAACCUGCCUACUCGGACGAUGGCUUCGAUGAGCUGGUUAGGGAGCUCACUCCGGAGGAGAAGCUCCGACAGCAGACUUUGCUGGAAGAGGCCUGCGAACGUUCUCUCUUCCUCCAGUUUCACUAAAUCGAGCGGGGCUACGUCGAAUGGACAGCUGCAAGAAAUCAAGCCAAAAGCCCUUAGCAGAGCGUGCGCAAAUUAAACUGCCCUUAAAGUCUCCUUGCGAACAAAAUGAUUUUUUGGAUUGCCAGUUGAAUUGAUCAAAUCUGUCAACAUCCCUAAAAAUUUCCAGUUCAAAAGUUGUUUCCAUAUAAAUGGGCGUAAAAAUAUAUCAUUUUCCGUGUUCAACACGAGUUUAGCUUCCCAGAAAAUCAUUUUUUGUUCAACAAAAGGGCAGUGUGUUCUUAGAAACUAAGACUCAAAGUUUACCAACGCAUCGAAGCGAGCCAAGUGCUUUAAUUGCUGAUACACAGAUUUAUAUUGUAUAGUAUACAUAUUUGUACGAUUUUGUAUUUAUUGUAAGUUUUUUCCCUCACCUCAAAGACAUACACCACCCCAUCCUCUCCCCUCACCAAUCGAUCACUCCUAAGCAUACCAUAAAAUUUUGAAUUAUAUAGGAUUUAGUUAUCGUUUAUCAAAAUUUCACACGCGCAGCUUUUGUUUAUCUUUUUAAAGUUGUAUCAAUUAUUGUGAAUAUACAUCGAUAUAUACAAGUACAUUACAAAUGCGUAGUAAAAGUAUCUAAAUACACCACCAGAUCGCACACAAAAAUAA